GAAGAAGAAGCCUUCUCUCUCUCUCUCUCUCUCUCUCUCUCUCUCUCUCUCUCUAUCUAUAUAUAUAUAUAAAGAAGCCUUAUAUCAUCGAUUCAUGCGAUAGAGAGAAAUCAGAGAGGAUUUCAAAUUGUAAGAAAGCAUGGGCGGAGGCAAAGAAUAUUUUCCAUAUAUCGGCGAGCACUGCCAAUACGACGACUGCAACCAACUUGAUUUCCUUCCCUUCACCUGCAACGGCUGCCGCAAGGUGUUCUGCUUGGAGCAUAGAACUUACAGAUCCCAUGCCUGCCCAAAAGCAGAUCACAGCAGCAGAACUGUUGCCGUCUGCGAUAUCUGCUCGGCUUCAAUCGAGAAGAAAGCCAAUGAGGACGAUAAAGACAGCCUUUCCCAGCACGAGAAAUCCGGAACUUGCGAUCCAUCAAAGAAACGUAAGCCUCGAUGUCCUGUGCCGAGAUGCAAAGAGAUUCUUACCUUUUCCAAUAAAAGCGCCUGUAAGGUUUGUAACCUUAAAGUCUGUCUCAAGCAUCGCUUCCCGUCUGAUCAUUCUUGUAGGAUGACUAAAUUGGUUGCGAGAACUGGCCUUGCAUGCAAAGAGAAGAAGGAGAGCGUCCUGCUAUCUUCUUCUAUCAAAGCAUUUUGAAAAAUGUUUGGCGAAGUUGUAUUUGCAUUCUUGAUUUAUUAUUUAUUUUUUAUGUGGUGCAUGGCGUUAUAAUCUGAACAAAUUAGUGGAUGUUAGCUUAAUGUGAUUCUCUUCAGAUGAUUUAAAACACUUAUGAAAUUGUGAGAUUUUCUUUUA